AUGAGUGUUGAAGAGACAGCACAAUGGAUAGCAAAAAUGUUUGAUCACAUACCAGUUGAAUUUUAUCACACAGAAAUUGAAGACAGUAAAAAUACAAAACGUAAAUUUGAAGUAGCUCAUGAUGACUUAGCUGUUGACUUAAAUGAAAUUUCUAAAAGACAGCUAUCAGUUGAAGGAAAAAUGACUAUAUCUCAAUAUAAUGAGGCUCUUUUGGCUAUGAAAAAAGAUCAAAUUAAACAAACUGCUCAACCACUAAUGGAAGAAGACCAAGUAGGAGAAGAAUUAACUGAAAAUCCAACUAUUGCAUUAAAACGUAAAUUACAUGCUAAGAUAGAUGAAGUUCAUAAAGGAAAAACAAAGAACCUAAAUACAAAAGUUGAAAAGACUGAAUUACCAGAAAGCAAAAAACAUUUUAAACAUCAUAAUGAUAAUAAACAAAAGCACCAGUCUAAAAAAGAAAAACAAGAAGGAAAAGUUGAACCAUUUGUUAGACCAACAAUGACAAGUCCUGUUGUAAAAGAUAAUUUGGAUUUUGGAACAAUUGCUUUUACUUCUGGAAAAACCGUUCCAAAAUAUUUGAAUAAAAAACAAAAACACGAUUGA